GCCCACGUUGAUUGAAUGUACAAUUCCCUCUUACUACGUUCUGCAUCUCGACAUUACUUCAAAAGAGCAUUCACAAGCACAGCAAUCAGAAUGGGUGUAGAGAUCAAGGUUAUCACUCCAGGAGAUGGUGUCAACUUUCCUAAACCUGGUGACACUGUCAAAAUCCACUACACGGGAACACUGCAAGAUGGAAGCAAGUUUGAUUCUUCCAAGGAUCGUAACGAGCCUUUCGUCACGCAAAUCGGCGUGGGCAGAGUGAUUAAAGGUUGGGACGAAGGUGUGGUCAAAUUGUCCGUUGGGACAAAAGCUCUUUUGAUCUGUUCCCCGGAUUACGCAUACGGUCCCCGUGGUUUCCCGCCCGUCAUCCCGGCCAACGCUACGCUCAACUUCGAAGUCGAGUUGCUCGCCAUCAACUAAGCGUGCGUAUCAAAGGUGCGCGAGAAAGUCGGUAGAAAGAAGAAUGUAGCAAAGAUGAAUGCGUCACUGAUCAUG